GUUAUUGUAUCCAUCGGGCCCCCCAAGCCUCGUUCUACCCUAUCUACCCAGCGCUGCGACACGGAUUGCUUGCAGGAUAUUUACCGCUGUCAGUCCAGUUUACGCACUUUGGGAUUUACAAAGAAAUUGAGCUUUAAACAGCCGCUGUUGUCAGAGCGAAACGAAUGUCAGUGUGGUGGUCAGAGAUGGGAGAGGGUUUGGGGCCUCUCUCCCCUGUAGGAUGGUAGCCGACAGCACAGUGGAAGGCCACGACAAGACCCUCGUGUCAAGCUCAUCAUCCUCGUCCUCAUCCUCGUCCUCAUCCUCAUCCUCAUCUUCCUUGUCCUCAUCAUCGUCAUCAUCAUCACUAUCAUCAUCGCUGCAGAGGCACGAGUUCGCCCUGGGGCCACACCGCACAGAGUCCGAGCAGCUUCAGCGUCGGGCUGUUCCAGAGCCAAACCAGAGAUCUGUCCCCUCUGUGUAUCUGACCCACUUCCGGACCUUCAGCUGCAAGGAGGACUGCAAGAUCAUCACGGACACAGCAUCUAAGCUAGAGCACAGCGGCUUCUACUGGGGUCCUCUGGGAGUGGAGGACGCACACCGCAUGCUGCGGGACGCUCCACUGGGCAGCUUUCUAAUCCGUGACAGCAGACAGAAAGACGUGUUCUUCACGUUGUCCUACCACGCUAAGAGUGGACCGGUCAGCGUACGCAUUGACUACAAGCGGCAAAAGUUCUCACUAGCGGGCAACGAGCGCACCUUCCCGACGCUCUUUGCCCUCUUGGAGCAUUACAUCAGCUCUCCCAAGAAGAGCCUGAGCAUCCCAUACAGGAAAUGGGAACCAACCCUGCAAGAGCUGUGCAGGAAGCGCAUUAUGGAAAUGUGCGGUGGAGCAAGCCAGGUGUCAGAGUUGCCACUCACCCAUGUUGUCAAAGACUUUCUGUUGGAAUUCCCUUACAAGUUAUGACCUUGCCAUGUGGUAUUUUUGCAGUAUUACUAUUAAUUACAAUAAGGCAGUAUUUACAACGUACCUGUCAGAAGCGCUCAGUAAGGCCUCCCCAUCAUGAGGUGGAUUUUAAGAGUGCAUCGCCAGGGUUACAGACAACAUCAACUUUCUCCUUUGUGCUGAAAGACUGCAAAAUGUUUCAUAAAAGACUUUAUCUUCACAGUCAAGCACAGUCAGUCUCCAGGUGGACGGAGUUCAUUUGUGACAUUUCACUAUAUGUUACCUCUCCAGACUCCACUUGCAUACAGGCAGAGCACCUUUUGGCCUUGAGCAAGCAAAAACCAAUGGAAAAUGCUGCAUUAAGAGAAAACUACAGAGACAAUGGAGAUAUUAAAAAGACACAGGAACUGGUGGAGUCCACUGUGACUGCUAUCCUGGAAACCGCAGAGUUUGUUGUUGCCCGUUUGCGACCUCCAGAGGGCCUUAAAUAUUUAAUGAUGGGCUGCGAAAGGACACUGACAUUGCCUACAGAGAGGACUCUUCAAAACACAACGGUCUCUUAAAAAUAUGGAGGUGUGGUGGCGAGUACAAUUGAAACCAUCACCUGUAGGAUUUGAUUUAUUUUUGUAGCAGAUUGCAAUACUCUAAUGCCUUUGAAUGUUUACAUCACUCAUGAAUGUCUGCCAACACUGAUGGCUCAAAUACCACUUGACAUGUCUUGCUUGCGGAUCAGAUGGUACUGGAGUUGAGUUGUGAUAUCAAGAUGUACUGUAUGCAGAGGUCUCACAUAUCUGAAUAUCUUAAUCUAAUACUGA